AUGGGGGACCGCGCAGAAAUCGUGUCUCGUAGCCCCAUAGCGCGGCCUCCACUCCGCCCUUUUGAAGUCUUCGUGACUCGCAGAGUCCCCCUCGUUGUGUAUUUUAAGCGCUGCCAAAAUCUCCUCCGUGGUCCAUACGGUGCAGUGCGGAUUCGAGGAGCUGGCAGCUGCGUAGAAACGGCGAUAUACUUAGCCCAAGACGUCGUGGCUGCAUUUGGGGGGCAAGUGAGCUACAACUGUACGGUGACAAAGCCACAACAACAAGCGGCACCCCUGCGUGAACAGGCAGCUGCUACAGCACCACCGCCAGGAGCGCCUACAACACAACUGGAGGAAGCUUCAGGAGCGACUUUUGAGCAGAAGGCGGCGGCUGUGUUCGCUGCUGCUGCAGCAAGGUUGGCUGCCAUUGAAGGGGGCGAUGCGGCCCUUGUGGCAAUUUCAGCAGAGACAACUACUGUUCAAGCUUAUGAUGAAGUCUUGUCUCUAGAGAACGUUUUAGCGGGUCCGAAAGAUGGAGCGCUUGAAGCAGCAGGCAUUCAGCUUGACCUGAACUCGUUUGUUCAACAGCGCAACAUAAGCGCCAUUGUAAUUGAACUCCGACGGUUGUCCCCCCCUCUCGCGGGCUGCAAAAGCUAUUGA